AUGGUUCAGAUGAGGAUAGUGGCGUUAGUUCUCGCUGUGGCGCUGCGAUCUUGCCAUGGUCAGCAACCCAAUGGUCAGGAUCAAAGACAAGGUAAAAAUUUAUUGGACUGGAUUGGAUUGGGAACAGGACCGGAGACGGAUCCGUACAUGGCGCGAUCAAAUUCCAAUUGCCUGAACGGGGAUUUGGCGGAAUGCUUCAAGUCUAGAGCCUUGGGAACCUUCGACGAGUUCUUCGGAAAACCUAUAUACCAAUUAAGUGAAAACGCAAGGAUAGUAAAGAUGCCCGAAACCCAAUUAAGACAAUUAGUCCACGAGAAUUACGAGUACUCGGAAAGUCCCAGAUCCGAUGAACCCGAAUGGGAUCAACUUGUUAAAUUCGCUCUGAGAAAGGUGGAGAAAUUCAUGAAAUCGACAGCUUUCGAAAUCGAUUUCGACAACGAAGUCACCGAACGUGGACGUUACUCACCAAGAUUCGUCGAUGAAAUCGCCGAUGAAAUCGAUAUAAUUGAAGAUAAAAAGGACACUUUAUUCAAGAGGAAGCAGCUCAAGAAAUUGUUCAUCCCUCUUCUUUUGGUAUUGAAGAUCUUCAAGCUUAAGCUUCUGCUGUUCUUGCCUCUCAUCUUGGGAUUGGCUUCGUUCAAGAAAUUCUUAGGAUUCUUAGCUAUCAUCAUACCAGGUGCAAUUGCUUACUUCAAGCUCUGCAAACCUGAUUUCCAAUCGGCUUUCGGUGGUUACGGAUCUCACGGUCACGUCGUUCCUCAAUACUCACCAGCAGGAAUUGGUUAUCAUCAGCAACAACACUUCAGAGAACAACCAACUUUCACCAAUCAUUACGAGCAAUCAUCUUAUGAUGACUACAACAGUCAUAAAGGAUUAACCUUCAGGGAUUCACCAAAUCAAGCGCAGAACUUAGCUUAUUCUGGAUAUUACAGAAACAGUGGAAAAGAUAUUCCAGCUGAAACUUCCAGCAAGAAAUCGAUUCUUCCAGAUUCGUAG